CAGACGACCCCGUCCUCGUUAUCUAGGCACAGCGAUUCGCGUGAGGUGCACGUUGCGCUUCCUCAUGCCGCGGACGAUCUGGAGAAGGCGGACGUGCCGGAGGACGACCUGGCGGAGUGCUCAAAGUCAAAGGCGACGACGGUGUCGCUGGCGGAUACCGCGAGCCUGAGCAUCAGCCCGAGCAUGAUCGACGACGACGACCUGAGCAGGGAGGGCUCGAUCAAGAUGGAGUUUGACUUCGACGCGAUCGAGGAAGAGGACAGCCCGUUCCCCGAGGUGCGCGCGUCGGUGUCGAAUAUCGACGACCCGGACAUGCCUGCGAUGACGAUCCGCAUGUGGAUCGUCGGCCUGACACUCUGCAUGAUUGGAGGCGCAAUGAACGUCUUCUUCAAUUUCCGCUACCCCGCGCCCACCGUCGUCCCCAUGGUCCUCCUCCUCCUCUCCUACCCCAUCGGCAAGCUCCUUGCAUUCUCCCUCCCCAUCACUACCUACCGGCUACCUCGUUGGCUCGGCUCCCAGGAAUUCUCCCUCAACCCGGGGCCGUGGAACAUCAAGGAGCACGUCCUUGUCUUCAUCAUGGCGAACGUCGCAGUAGGACCGCCAUACGCGCUGAACGCGAUCGUCGUGUCCGAGGUGUUCUACGGGAUGAAGCUCGGCUUCGGCUUCAAUCUGACGUUCGUGCUCGCGACGCAGCUCACGGGGUUCGGCCUUGCUGGGCUGUGCCGGCGGUUCUUGGUCUGGCCCGCCAGCAUGGUGUGGCCGCAGAACCUCGUCGCGUGCACGCUGCUGAACACCCUGCACGCCGAAGACGACGAGGGCAGCGGCGGCAUCACGAGAUACCGGUGGUUCAUGUACGUCCUUUUGGGCGCGUUUCUCUUCUUCUUCCUGCCUGGAUUCCUGUUCACGGGCCUGUCGGUGUUCUCGUGGCUGUGUUGGAUUUUGCCCGACAACGUGCCUGUGAACCAGCUGUUUGGCGUAUACACCGGGCUGGGCAUGAGCGUCGUCACCUUUGAUUGGUCGCAGAUCACCUGGAUCGGGAGUCCGCUCAUGAUUCCUUGGUGGGCUGAGGUUCAUAUCUUUGGAGGAUUUGUGCUGUUCUUCUGGAUUAUCACCCCCAUUCUUUAUUACACUAAUACGUGGAAAUUCGCGUUAUUCCCUAUCUCGGGCAACGAGCCGUAUGACAAGUACGGCAACACGUACAAUAUCUCGCGGGUCCUGCAGCCCGAUGACAGGUUCAACGUCACGGCCUACAACGAGUACUCCCCCCUCUACCUCCCCGCAACGUACGCGGUCACGUACCUUCUCGCGUUUGCCCUGACCACCUGCGUGCUCGUGCACACCGUGCUGUACCACGGGCGGAGCCUGCUGAAUGGGGUCAAGCGGAUACGCAUCGAGAAGGACGAUAUCCAUGCGAAACUGAUGAGGAAUUACCCCGAGGUGCCGGAUUGGUGGUAUAUGAGUGUGUUUGUACUUUUCUUUGCGCUGGCGAUUGUGGCGAUGGAGGUAUGGCAUACGGGCGUUCCGGUUUGGGCGCUGAUAUUAUCGGUCCUACUGCCCAUCAUAUAUGUGUUGCCCUCGGGCUUUAUCUAUGCUAUGACCGGUCAAGGGAUAACGCUUAAUUUGUUGGCGCAAAUCAUUCCUGGGACUCUGCUUCCUGGUAACCCUUUGGCGAACAUGGUGUUUAAGGCGUACUCGGUGCAGACCCUGACCGAGGCCACCUCCUUCGUUCAGGAUCUGAAGCUUGGGCAUUAUAUCAAGGUCCCCCCUCGAGCUACGUUCAUGGCGCAAGCGGUUGCCACUACGCUGGCUGCUUUCGUCCAGGUGGCCGUGAAGCAGUGGAUGUUCACGAAUAUCCCAGAUAUGUGCCAGGCCGAUCAGGCGAGCCAGCUGACUUGCCCGCACAAUCAGGUAUUCUAUACCGCCUCGGCAAUAUGGGGCUUAAUCGGACCGAGUCGCCAAUUCGGCACGGGCAGCCUUUACCACCCCCAACUCUACGCCACGAUUGUCGGCGCGGUGUUGCCUGUCCCUUUCUGGCUGUGGCAGCGGCGGUACCCGAAUUCGUGGAUUAAAUUUGUGAACACGCCCGUCAUCCUUAACGGCGUGUCGGGCCUCCCGCCAGCGACCGGGAUUAAUUACUCGUCGUGGUUUGCUGUUGGAUUUAUCUUCCAGUAUCUGAUUCGCCAACGCAAUUUUGCGUGGUGGUCCAAGUUCAACUAUGUUACUAGUGCGGCACUGGAUAGCGGGACCGCGAUAUCUUUGAUUGUCAUCUUCUUCACGCUGCAGUUCCCUAAGAACGGCAGUAUCCAGCUGCAUUGGUGGGGUAAUGAGGUCUGGAAGAACACUGGGGACUACAACCACGUAGCGUUGAAGAGUCCGUAAUGUAUCGUAGCAUGGGGGAUUGAGCGCGAUUUGUGUCAUAUUACUACUAUUAUCACCCUCACUACUACGUACCGUCUGGUUUUGUAAAAGGUGUCUCGAUACUACCUCCUCAUUUUAGAUUAGUACCGUCCGUAGGCGCGUGUUAUUUAUAGUGUGUUAUGUGGUCGGCGAGGAGCUGGCUAACGCAUACUGUAGCUAGGCUGAGGGGACGAUAAGGCG